UACACAUACACACACACACAUACAUAACUAUAUAUUUGUACGAAUAAAAUAUAAACUGCAAGGCUUUCAAUGUCAUCACACUUUAAUGUGAUUGUUAAAUGGACAAAGUCACAAGACCCACUUGGCUGACCCAGCCACAGGCUGGAAACAGUGGAUGAUGAUGAUGAUGAUGAUGAUGAUGAUGAUGAUAAGGCUUAGUAUAAAUUUUGGUGUGGUAGACAAAUACAUGUUAUAAAUUGAGGUAAAACUAAGCAUGACUCCCUAAAUACUUCAUUUGGAGCUAACAAGACAUAUUUUACAUCACUAGAUUAUUACUUGUUACCAUGGGCACUCAUACCUGGGGCAAAGCACCCCCCCCCCCCCCCUUGGCAGAGAAAGACAAAAAUGUAGUUAGUAAGUUAGUUUGUAAGUCGUCCAACACUGAAAUAUUUUCACGUAGAUUUAAAAUAUAUGUAGGUACCUACUACUUACAAAUCACCAUUUGUCUUCCAAAAUAUUUAAAACACCAUAUACCUCCAGAUCUCACUUCCCCCCCCCCCCCCCUUCAAAAUAUCACAUGGGUGCACUUGCUUGUUACAUAAGUAUACAAACACAUUUGUAACUUUUUCAUGCAUCUGAAUUACUUAGUUUGGGUAAAUCUGUAUUGUACGGAUUAGCGCCAAAAAAAAUCGUAAAAAUAUGAAAUAACUUUCAUUGUAUGCUAUCUUACGUCCUCUUUUCAGAACCGCCUGCGGAGAUUAAAAAUUCCAAUUACUUUUGGAGAUAUCGAAUUUUUUAAUAUUCAUUUUUUGGCGAUUUUUUUAAAAAAUUUUUUAAAAAAUCCGAAAAUACCUUUAUUCUGUGCUCUUUAACUUCCUCUUUUCAUUAAACCCGGCGGAGAUCAGAAAUUCCAAAUACUUUAGGAGAUAUGGAAUUUUUUAAUUUUCGUGAUGUGCACUGAUGCGGAGUUCAGCGGGAAGCCUACGAUUCACACAUCCUUCUGGACAUACCCGAAUACUCACGUUGGCAAGACUUCUUUUCUUAAAAUUAGCAAGAAGUAAUUAAAAAUACUUUAAAACACUGUGGAUGGUUGGUUAUAUUAGGUAAGUAUAGCUACAUUAAAAUAACUGUAAAAUCAUUUUAUGGUUGCUUAGCAAAUAACUUUUUAAUAUGUAGCUAUCCAGCGCUAGGAAACCGUUAACAUGAUUUCACAGUAUUUUUAAUGUAGCUAUCCUAACCAAAUCAACCAUCCACAAUGUUUUCAAGUAUUUAUAAUAUAGCUAACAAUACCUAAUUGACCAUUAGUUUUCAUGAGUUGCAUAUUUAUUUACAAUAAACAAAAAAAAAAAACGAAGAUGCACGAUCGGGCGUUCGCCUCUCGUCUGUUGAAAGAAGGCUUGCCAACGUGAGUAUUCGGGUAUGUCCAGAAGGAUGAGUGAAUCGUAGGCUUCCCGCGUUCCCAUUGUUGCUUGUUUACAAGUAUGAUAUUUUUUUUUUUCGCGACGUAGUUGAACGACUACAUCACGUAAAAAGAAAAUUACGUGAGUUCCUACUGUUCAUCCUUUUUCCCGGUUUGUUAGGUCAGGUCAGCUACAUUAUAAAUACUUUAAAACUAAACAACCAUUAAAAUUAAUUUUUAUUAUUUUUAAUGUCCGUUCAGUUUCAAAGUAUUUAUACUGUAGCUGACCUGACCUAAUCUACCUUUGUCCCGUUUAGUUAGGUCAGGUCAGUUACAUUAUAAAUACUUAAAACUAUACAAGUAAAAUUAAUUGAUAUUAUUUUUAAUUUCCGUUUAUUUUGAAGUAUUUAUCAUGUAACUAACCUUACCUAAUGGAAAAUUUCUGUUAUUUAUGCAUUCACGCACACACGGCAAAAUAUAAAAUGGCGCCUGUUGAAUGAUUACAUAGGGCUUGUAUUGCAAAAUAAGAACGGCGAUAUCUCCAAAAGUAAUUGGAAUUUUUAAUCUCCGCAGGCGGUUUUGAAAAGAGGACAUAAAAGAGCAUAUAAUGAAAGUUAUUUCAUAUUUGUACGAUUUUUUUUGGCGCUAAUCCGUACAAUACAGAUUUACCUUAGUUUGAUAUGCUACAUAUUUUAUAUUCAUGUUGAAAACAACUGCGGUUAGGUUCAGGUUUUUUAUUUUGUUAAACUGCAUUAAAUCACUGUGGCCCAAUUAUGACCACAAAAUAUAUUAAAAAUUAUAAAAUGCACAAAUAUGUAAAUAUAACAAGAACAUAGACAAUUACUUGUGAAUGUAACAAGGGACAACUCUUUGCAAUAUGUCCAGAGUUAUUUAUUUGGUUUCAAUUUAGUGAAAAACUAGAGAAAGAAAACAAUACAAUGAAAGAAUGAGUGAUCUGACAAGCUAUGGAAUGUUUGCUAUUUAAAGAUAAACAAAGCAAUGACAAAUUCAUUAAACCAGAAAAUGAAGUUCAUUAGGUGUGGUUCACAUCAAACAUGCUUUUAUUCAAUGAACGAUGAGAAAUAUCAGGAGCCUUAUUGUUUUCCUACAAACAUAAUACAUCCAAUAACAUUUAGUCCUGUCCAACAGUUUUAGAAGUUCUAUCUUGCGAAGUCAUAAGUUUUUGUUAAACAGUUCUGUAGCAAACACACAUUCUGAAAUUAUCCAUGACUGCAAUUUACAAGUAAAUUAUUUCAUAUGAAAUACAAAAGAUUACUAUCACUCCAAACACACCCCACAAUUUUUUUUGCUAAAUCUAAAUUAAAUGACACUUCCUUCAAAAAAUCUACAAGCCUACUAUUUAUGUUACAAUUUUUUUCCUUUUCUUGCACACUUUAUUGCUGCUUCUUCCAACACGUUUUUUACUUAGCUGUCGAUUGAAAUCAUUCAAUCUUAAAAAAGUCCAUAUUCUUACAAAUGAAGCAACCAAUUUCUUCUCAACAGCAGGCAUUUUUACAUUACUAAACCACAGCACGAAAACAAAAUCAAAACAAGCACGCAAUUUUACAGUUUUGUUUACUUUGAAGGUCUAGCGGAUACGUCAUAUCACGGAAACACCCGAACGACCAAACUCGUUUUUCUUCUGUUGAGACGACCUGGUAUCUAAUGACCUUGGGCGUCAGCAUCGUAUCCGUUUUAGAAGUACUAUCGAUAUAUCAGUAUCGAGAAGUGUUCGAUUUAUUAAUUAUAAACAGUCGAAGAGUGUAAUCAUAUAUUCCAAAUUAUUUAAUGAGAAUGUUAUGUGUUGAAAUGGAUUGCAAUUCGUGUGUGAUAAAGUUUUGUUAAUAAUUAUGUGCUUUUUAAUGUUUCAAACUUUACCAAACAUUAUAGUUGGUUUCUCUGAUUUCGGUACAUUUACCCACCAUUUUUUUUCUUAGGCGUCGCAGCCAUGUCUAAGUUAUUAAUUGUGUUAUUUUCUAAAGUGAAGCUUUCCUUGUUCAUUAAAGUGUAUUUCCGUUGAUCUCGUGUUUGACUACAGACUCGGAGGAUAAAGUAUUCAGUGCAGACAUGGGGAAAGCAAAAGCGGGUGAACAGCCAGUCGGAAAGCUGUGUCGAUUGUGUGGGCAGUUGAAGGAUGAUGUAACACCCAUUUUCAGUGCUAAAGGAAUCAGAUUACAACUUUGCAAGAAACUUGAACAUCUACUGCGAAUUACGGUGUCUAAAAAUGACAAACUUCCCAAACAUGUUUGUGACAAGUGUGUGGUGCAACUCAACAUGUGUGACAGUAUGAUGGAAUUUUUCAAACAGACCCAAAGUUCUCUGGAGAAGGUGCUCAAUUCAGAGUCAGAAGAUGAUGAGGCACGUGUUGCUGAUGAAGGGACAGUACCAGAUGUCAAACCGCAGACGUUUGAACCAUCUAAAUCGAGGAUAUACAAAGCAACUGAAGAACCACCUGAAUCAAGGCUGUCCAUAGAUCCUGCAAAACAAUCUGAAUUAAGGCUGUCCACAGAAAUGGCAAAAACAUCAGAAUUAAGGUUAUCCAAGGAAUUUGCAGAGCUAUCUGAGUUAAGGUUGUCCAAAGAUUCAAAUGAACCUGAAGGCAGUGACAUGUCAGACAAACAAGGUACAAACAAUACUGAGUUCGACCCUGCAACUCUGGAUGAAGAUGUGCUGUUUGCAAUGCAUGGCAUGUGUGUCUCUCUUCCGAUCCAAUGUGACUUCUGUGAAGAAAUGUUUGACGACCUGGAGGAGUUUGAUUCACACAUUGCCAACCACAAAGAGCAGCGGGUGUUCUCGUGCCAGCUGUGCUCCAACUCGUACGUGUCGUGGAGCAACCUGGUGGCCCACCGCAAGGCCUGCCACGGCGGCAGCGUGCUGUCCUGCGACCAGUGCAGCGGCCGGACGCACCACCCUGACCUCGCCCCGGUCAACUACGGGGUGAAGGGCUUCCCCGUCGGCUGCGAGGAGUGCGACGAGGGCUUCAGCUCCCUGGUGCAGCUGUCCCGCCACUACAGGGUCACCGUCAGCCACCAGCUGGCCGACGCGUCGCAGCAGCCCGACAAGGAUGCGAUGGUUGGUCGGAGGACGAGAAAAAUGGAGGGAGGAUCAUCAAAAGAAUAUUUUGCAUGCCCAAUUUGUUUGGAGCAGUUUACUCAGAAGAUUGAUUAUGUGGCGCACUUGAGGCAGUGUGAUGAAUGCUCAAACAAGUUUGCAAGUUUGCUGUGGCACAAAGGCAACCACAGACAAAUUAAAGCUAGUAUUUGUGAAGGUAGCAACGGUGUCCUGACGGGCCCAGACAGCAUUACAAAGCAUAGACGUGGCACCAAGAAAAUCUUUCGGUGUAACUGGUGCAUUAAGGCUUUUAAUCAAAAAGAAGUUUUGGCAAAUCACAAGAAAAAUCACCGUUAUGUAAAAGACUACUAUUGCAUCAACUGUUUGGCCUCAUUUGCCAAACUAGAAAUGUUUCAAAAGCACCUGAAAGUCUUUCACCCUGACCCAAACUCAUUCUUACUGUGUCAUAUUUGUGGAAAGCAAGUGCUUGUUGGGACUUUUUUGAGUCAUUACUGUGGUUGCUGUAGCUUGAGAAGACGUGAGAUAUCUGACCACCGUCACCAAUCCCUUAUGUGUGGUGUGUGUUUGAGGGUUCUCGCCAGCAAAGGGUCUUUAAGGAAGCAUAGUGGUCUCCACGAUCCGAGCGCGAAAGAAAGUCGCACGUGCGAGGUAUGUGGCGAAACUGUUCGUGAAACUGGCAAUAUUAUUUUACAUGCGAGGACUCAUUAUGGCGAAGAGGACGGUCUUCUUCCAGAAAGUUACCAACCGAUCCUUCAAAGGCUAAAAAAAUUCAGACUAGAUCGUAGGCGGAAGCGAGAAGAUUUGAUUUGUGAGUACUGUGGCAAAUUCUACAAAAACUGUACGUUGUUGAAGUUGCACGUGCUGCGUCACACAGGGCAACGGCCUUUCAAAUGCAGUUUAUGCAGUAAUGCAUUCUACACUAAGAAUUUGCUGGAAAUCCACAUUCGCAGUCACUCUGGUGAACGUCCGUACAAGUGCCCUUUCUGCAGCAAGGCAUAUACCGGUCCUACGGCCCUUUACAUACACAGACGCUCUCACAGCGAGGUAAAGCCUUACACCUGUUCGGAGUGCAAUAAAGUGUUUGCGUGGAAGCACUUCCUCAAAUAUCACGUCCGCUCUCAUACCAAAGAGCGGCCGUUCUCCUGCAGUCAUUGCUCUAAAUCUUUCUCUCAUAAACAGACGUGGAAGAGGCACAUUACAAAUGCACACACUUCAAAAAUCAAGAAAAUUAGUAAAAAGGGCCAAAUAUCUAACUCUUUCCAUAAAGGAUCCAAAAAUAAAGUUCUUGUUUCCGGUGACCAGUAUCAGCUGCCAAUGGAUGAGCAAUUGACCAGUCUUCAGCUGCCGAGAGAUGAUUUGCUGGUUGGUCCCGAUCAAUAUCUACUGCUCAAUGAUGACUGUCUGGUGGAUGAUGUGCAUAAACUGACUGUAGAUGAUCUGCUUGCUUGUCCCAAUUGUAAUGCGGUUUUCAAAUCGGAUCAAGAGCUGACAGUCCAUUGCAAUGAACUGAGUUGUAUAAAUGUUUCGGUCAUAGGCAAUGAAGAAUCAAACACUAAUGUACAGGUUGUCGUUUUGCGACCUAAGGAUUAUGAAGAAGAAAGAGAACCAUCUUCUGAAACUGUAGUAAAUCUUGUAAUACUUUAAAUUUAAAAAAAAAAAAAAAAAAAGGUGUCUGGAGUAGUAAGAACUUGAAGCUGUUAAGUUUUUGGAGGAACAAAAAAAUCUGGAAUAUUAACCAGAAAAACUUUUGGUUGAUUAUGUACAUAUUUAUAGCUUUAGUUACCAAAAUAAUUCUGUAUAAAGAACAUCUUUUAAAGGAUUUAUUAUAGUUUUAUCCAUGUUACACCAUAUUAUUCUCAUACAAAUUUUUGGUAGUAUUGAUGUAUCUUCACAUAAUUUUUGCACACUGUGUAAUCAGUGAUAAUAAAUCAUGCUGAGUACUUUGCAACUUAAUUGUUUGUUUUGUUGCCCAAAUAUUUCUCUAUUAUAUCAUCUUAACAUUUAGACUGUAAAUUAAUUGCUUGAGUAAGAAGUUUGGAGCACAUGCUUAGAAUGUGGUUGUUUUGAAAUAGGUGUUUAAUCUACUGGUUUUUAUUUAUUUAUUUUUCUUAGCUUGUGGCAUGCUGUCAGCCAAAUAAAAUAGACAAAUUUAUGUAGCCAUUAGGUGGUAAAUACUUAUCAAAGUAAUUAAUUGUUUAAAUGUUAAUCUUGCAAUCAAUACAGAAUGCAGUGUUGUAUGAAACGAUACAAUUAGCAGUUCUUUAAAAAUUCAAAUCUUUAUAUAGCACCAAUAAGUUUAAGUAAAAAAAAAAAAAUCAGUAACUUUAUUCUGCAAGCCUGCCACUGAGAUCUGUUUCGAAAUCCUGUAUGUAGCAUUUAAAAAUCUUGUAAUAUUCAAAAUCUAAAUUCACUUUAGGUUUUGUGGUAAUUUAAUUGUACAAAGUAAAAUAAUAGGUGUGCAUGUUGAAAGUAAGGGCUUAUUGAAACACUAAGAUAAACUAAUGUUCAUAUGUUCAGGCUUAAGUAAUACCACAUUUUUUGAUAAACUGGUGUUAAAAAUAUUUUUUUAAAUUUUCUUGAUUGUUGAUUUUCAACUUAUGGAAAUGAAGGGGAAUAGAAACUAAAGUGAAAGGUUGGUUAGGUUAAGCUACAAUAAUAAUAUGUAAAUUACAAUUUUAACAAAAGUGACUUUAAAUUAAUGUAGCAAAUGUAACUUAGCUAACCUUUUAUCUAGUAAUUAUUUGACUUAUUUCCUGGAAGCUGCAACUCUACAACGUUUACAAGUAAAAAUCAUUUGUGAUAGUUUAAGUGUACAGCAAACAACUUGGUAUUGUUUUUACAAGCCAAAACAUUUCCUUAAUUUUUUACUUAAUUUCAAUAAGCUGCAACUUUCAAAAUUUACCCAAGAAGGUACACACAUAGCACUUUAUAAAAAAAGUUUCAUAAAAAAAUUCUCUAAUUGCACCUAAUAAACCAUUAGGUUUCGUUAAAUGCUUUAAGUGCAAAUAUAAAAUACAAGAUAAAAUUUUUAUUUCAAAUCCAGGUGACCUCAGUAUUUUCCUUGUUUACUAAAUAUAAAUAUAUACUAUUAAAAUUAUUUGCUACAUGUUCAAGGGCAUUCAGUAUUGGAAAGUCCCUCUAUUGUUUAUGUAUGCAAAAAGUUAUCCUGUAACAGGUUUAAUGUAUCAGUCAUUUUUCUGUCUGGUCUUAAGCCUCAAAAAAUAUCAAAGAUUAACUUUGCUACACAACUUAUCAAUUGCCGUAUGAACAAUGUUUACAUACUUUCGUGCUUCCGAAGAUCUUUCAACCCACCCUGUCACAUUAUAUUCGAAUUUCAGGAAAACAAACGUUUAAACUUUUUUUUUUACAUGCAUCUGCUAUUUUAAUGGUUGUUAAGAAUUUUAUGAUUACUUUAUUUUCUACAAGAUUCAUUUGGCGAUGGCUGUCUUUUCUCCAUCAUAACACAUCUAAAAGCCAUAUUAACUUAUCUAAACAACAUGACGUCAAAAACUCAAACUGCAAAUUAUUCAAGAACAGAGUACUGCCAUGACUCUUCUAAUCUGUCAACAUAACAAAAACAUUUACCUCACGAAAAUAUAUAUUUCUGUAAAAUAGUACCUUUUGGUAAAUGUUUUUGGUCUGUUGAUAUAAAGCUUGGAAGUUUUGUGGCACCACACGUGAUGGUAGUUUUUCACUGUCAGAGUGCUGAGUGUUAAUAGCGGAGUAAAAUGUAAACAUUUACAGGAAUACAAUUUUCAUGGGAAAAUAUUGGCCCAACCAUUGUAAAUAUCCGUGAAUGUUGCUGUUUUUCCACUAAUCCGUUUCACUCUUCAAAUAUCCGUGAACACGAAUUCAAUCCUUAAAAACGGCAGACGUGUAUUAGGAUUAACAUUACUGUGUCAAAUACAUAUAUUGAUUUUAAAACAAGCUAAUGUUCAAAGCUAACUUCUACUUCAAAUAUAAGAUAUUUCAAUUGAAACUGCUCUUUCUUGGAAGUUAGAAAUGUUUAGCUCUUUGGAGUUUUCUUUAGUUAAGGGAUAUUUUAUUUUCAUGUGUGUUCAUAAUAUUGAUACAUUUGUGUUACUUU